AUGAAUGAAAGAGGUUGUAAUUUGGGCCGAAUCGAUAAGAAAUUAACUGAUAUGGUUGAGACUGAAAUUAAAUACUGRAGAAAUGUGUUAAUACGUGUUGUAGCUACAGUUAAAACAUUAUCUUCGCGUGGCCUUCCAUUUCGCGGUUCAUCAGAUAAGUUUGGUUCCCCUCAUAAUGAUAAUUACAUGAUGGCGUUUGACCCAUUUUUGUCAAGCCACAUCGAAAAAUUUGGAAAUGUUGGGAAAGGGUAUACAUCAUAUCUCUCAUUCYAAACGUGUCAAGAAUUUAUAACUAUGAUGGCUCACAAAGUUCAAAACYAAAUUAUUGAUGAAGUAAAAAAUGCGAAAUAUUAUGCUAUUAUUAUUGAUUCUACGCCGGACAUUUCCCAUAAUGAUCAGCUUUCUAUUAUUCUUAGAUAUACAUUAGAUAGUGGAAAACCAGUAGAGCGUUUUAUUGAAUUUAUCCCUAAUACUGGCCACAAAGCACAAGACAUGAUUGAUGCACUUAUAAAAACAUUUGAUAAGCAUGAUAUAGACAUUAACAAUURCAGGGCACAUUCUCUAAAUUUAGUUGGGGAAUGUGCUGCAGUUUGCUGUAAAGAGGGAAAUAAUGUAAGUGUUAAACGACUAUCUGACACUAGAUGGUCUGCUCGCGCGGAAGCUUGUUCCAGCCUAAUUAAAAAUUGGAAUGAAAUUAWAUUGGCUUUAUCAAACAUUCUAAAAAAUGAUAUAGAAAARGAAGUCACAAAGAGCGAAGCUAGAGGACUUCUUAAUCAAAUGGAUAGAAUAGAAACUGCUUUUAUGGUCGUGUUUUGGAACAAAGUCUUGGAACGUUUUAACGCUACAAAUAAAGAACUUCAAACAGUGGAAAUUGAUAUUGAAUCUGUAGUUUGUUUGUAUAAUUCAUUACACCAAUAUGUUAAAGAGAUGAGAAAUAUGAUUGAUAUAUAUGAAAAAUUAGGUAUAGAGAAGUCGGGCUUAACUUAUUUGACUAAUAUACGAAGAAAAAAAAGGAAAUUACAAUAUGACGAAAGUCCUGGAGAAGAAGUACAUUUUGAUAGUCGCGAAUCAUUAAAAGUGAACACUUACUUCGUAAUUUUGGAUAAACUUGAUGCCGAAUUGGAAAAAAGGAAAACCUCUGAAUUGGAUUUGAGUGCAAACGAACUUUGUAAAAUAUAUAAUAAUGAUUUAGGUGAACGUUUUUCUAAUGAAUGUCAACAUUUCCAUAACUAUCUUUUAAGUAUAGAACAAAUUCCACGUAUAGUAUUGGAAAUAAGUAUGUUAUUAAAGGAAAAGAAUAUAAGUGAUCUAUUUCCUUACAUAGACAUAGUUUAA